AUGCCAGAUAGCGCAAACGUGCAAGUGGCAGACAGUGUAACGCCACUCCAACGUGUUUUUAUACGAUGUCCGCUCUUCAAUUCCGAACGACCAGCCUUGUGGUUCGCCCAACUCGAGGGACAAUUUCAUCUCGCCGGAAUUUUCGAUGAAAUUAUGCAAUACCACUACACUUCCUCACACCUUGAUGCCAAGGCCGCCGCAGGAAUGGAAGACCUUCUUUUGAAUGUUCCCACAAAAACGCCCUACACUCGCCUAAAAGGGACACUGAUCGAACGCCUUACGCUCUCCCGAAAACCAGGACUACAACAGCUUCUCGAUCGAGAGACCUUGGGUGAUAGAAAACCGUCGCAAUUUCAACGUCAUCUUAGAAGCCUCGACAACACCGUUCCGGACAGCAUUUUUCGUACUAAGUGGCUUAGCAAACUUCCGAUGUCAACGCAAUCUAUACUUCCAUCCCAAGCGGAUAUGAAUCUCGAUAAACUCGCUUCUCUGGCAGACAAAAUACACGACAUCGCACUACCAGCAGAAAUUAAUUCGCUCCAAAAAGCAACAACAACAUCAGCAAUAGAAUCACGCAUUUCCCGUCUCGAAGCUUCGAUUAACGAGCUAGCUUCCAGUUUUAAGCGGCAGAGCAUAUCUCGUUCCCGUUCUCGUCAGCGCUUUCGUUCACGCACAUCUUCUCCAGCACUGAACAACGACACGUGCUGGUAUCAUCAAAAUUUCGGCAAUAAAGCGAAACGUUGCCGAUCGCCUUGCUCGUAUCAGGGAAACCUACCGUCGGACCACCGCGCCACCAAAAUCCAAUUCCUGGUGGAUACUGGCGCUGACCUCUGUACUUUUCCUAAAUCACUCGCACCUUGGCCGUCCGAACGAAUCAACUAUAAUCUCACAGCAGCAAAUGGGUCCACGAUUAACACCUACGGUUGCAUAACUCUAACACUAAACCUUGGCCUCAGACGGAAUUUUACAUGGCGCUUCGUGGUGGCGGACAUAACGAAACCUAUUAUUGGCGCAGAUUUUUUAGCUCAUUUCGGCAUCUUACCCGACCUCAAGAAUAGCUGCCUUAUCGACUCGAUAACUGGACUAAAAGCCGCAU